UUCGAGGCCUCAACGCUUACAACGCAACCCUCGGCGCUCCGCGUCGUCGUCCCGCUCUGAUCUGCACAUCUCUGUGGAGCCCUAAUUCUCCUUCAUCUUAUCUUCACUCGUUUCAAGGCUUCAAGCCUUGCGUAUCCAACUGAUUUUUCUGUAAUCAGUUAAUUCAUUAAUGCAAGAUUUGGAUUCUGAUCCUUGAAUCGCCGUUUUUCUUCGGUGGACUCGUUCGCUUCUCGCGAUCGUGGAAAUUAGUCCGUGGUUUGUGCUGCAGACCUUGGAUCUGUUCUUGAGGUGAAUUGUUUAGCCGAGAUCGGUUCGAGAAUUCCAGCGGCCGUGGUGAUCUUUUGGGUUUCGAUAUCGUAACCGUCGGAUUUUUCUUCUUCGGCCUUCUUUUAACUGUAGAGGAUCGAUUUGUAUUCGUUUUGUUGCAAUCUCAUCGAAAGCGUCAAAUUUCGCAACGCUAGGUGGAGUUCCUGUAUCGUAAAGCUACGAGUUUCUCAUCAGAGGCUUCGUUCGUUUGGUAUUCGUCAUUCGGAAAUUUCUCUUGUAGAUCGUUGCAAGAAAGAUUUGCCUUUUAAGCAGCUUAUAAAUCAAAUUUGGAGAAAUCUUUCGUGUUUCUUCUAGCAGUUGGAGGUUGCUUCUGCUUUGAAGAGAUCCUCAAUUCCUCAUGCGCCCAUAGGUUUAUUGUCAACAGAAGACGUCCGAGGGAAAAGAAAGAUAUAAUUUCUUGUAUUCAUAAUCUUUUCAUUUUCAAUUUUUUGAAGUUUAAUACCAGGUCUUAAUUUUUUUUUUUUGGGGGUUGCUUUUUACGGCCUCUUAAUUUUCUGCCGAUCAUCGGCAUUUUGUUCUCUCUUAUCUCUUACGUUUAGAAGAGCAGAGGGAGGAAAAAAAAAAAGAAAUUAUGGCUGUAUACUAUAAGUUUAAAAGUGCAAAAGAUUACGACUCUAUUUCUAUUGACGGUCAUUUCAUAUCAGUUGCGAAUUUGAAAGAAAAAAUAUUUGAAUCCAAGCACUUGGGCAGGGGUACUGACUUUGACCUCAUGGUCUCCAACGCCCAGACUAAUGAAGAGUAUUGUGAUGAAGACACGCUGAUACCAAAAAAUACUUCUGUUUUAAUUCGUCGAGUUCCUGGACGUCCUCGAAUGCCCAUUGUUGCUGAACAAGACGAGUCUAAAGUAUUAGAGAAUAAGGUAGAGGAUGCUCAACCUGCAAAGAGCAGCUACCCAGUACCAGAUUCUUCUGUCACAAGAUUUCCUGAGGAGUCAGAAUGGGAUGAAUUUGGUAAUGAUUUGUAUGCCAUUCCGGAAGUGUUGCCAGUUCAGUCUAGUAAUCCAGUCCAGGAUGCUCCUCCUCCAAGUAAAGCUGAUGAGGAUAGCAAGAUUAGGGCUUUAAUUGAUACUCCUGCCUUGGAUUGGCAGCGGCAACCUCAAGAUGGCUUCGGCUCUGGCAGAGGUUUUGGAAGGGGUAUGGGAGGAAGAAUGAUGGGAGGCCGGGGUUUUGGUCGGGCGGGUGGGUUGGAGCGAGGGUUGGAGCGAAAGACACCUCCAGUAGGUUAUAUCUGCCACAGAUGCAAAGUGCCUGGGCAUUUCAUUCAGCAUUGUCCUACGAAUGGUGACCCAAAUUAUGACAUCAAAAGGGUGAAACCUCCGACCGGUAUUCCAAAAUCAAUGUUGAUGACCACCCCAGAUGGCUCAUAUGCCUUGCCAAGUGGUGCUGUUGCUGUUUUAAAACCAAAUGAAGCUGCUUUUGAGAAGGAAAUUGAAGGUUUACCUUCCACUCGGUCAGUGAGUGAACUUCCACCUGAACUUCGCUGUCCAUUGUGUAAGGAAGUAAUGAAAGAUGCUGUUCUGACAAGCAAGUGUUGUUUCAAGAGUUUUUGCGACAAAUGUAUCAGGGACCAUAUUAUCUCGAAGUCAAUUUGUGUUUGUGGGGCGACAAAUAUACUUGCAGAUGAUCUUCUGCCUAAUAAGACACUAAGGGAUACCAUCAAUCGCAUUCUUGAGUCGAAUAACAGCAGUGCAGAAAAUGCAGGGAGCAUGUUACAAAUACAAGAUAUGGAAUCUGCACGCUCUGCGCAACCCAAAGUACCAUCGCCAACUUUUUCUGCUACUUCAAAGGGAGAGCAUGUACAACCGCCAUCGAAAGAUGUCACUCCAGAUUUGAAGGAUACCACGAAUGAAAAAAAACCCACCAUGAGUGCUCCACAGCCAUCUGUGGAGAAAGUUAGAAUUGCAAAACCCAUGGAUUUUUCUGAAGCUACACGUGAGUCUGCAAGUGUGAAGGAAGCAACAUCACAAUGCAGUGCACCACUUCCCGAGGAAGAAGUGCAGCAGAAGCUGCAAGCUGGUGAGCUAGUUAGGAAAAAGAAGAAGAAGAAAGCCCGUUUGCCUUUAAAUGCUGCAGAUAUGCAGUGGAGAAGCUCUCAGGACAUUGCACCUGAAAACUAUAUGAUGCCUCUCGGUCCUUCAGCUUAUAACCCAUACUGGGCUGGCAUGCAGCUCGGGAUGGAUGGAUAUGCCGCUCCUUAUUCUGGUGCUAUACCCUAUAUGGGUUAUGCUCCUGGCCCCUUUGAUGUACCCUUUGGAGGAAUUGUACCUCAAGAUCCUUUUGUUGGAAACCAAGGAUUUGGAGGUCAAGGAUUUAUGUUACCUGUUGUACCACCCCAGAGGGAUCUCUCAGAGUUGGCUAUGGGCACAUAUCCUGUACCACCAGUCAUGAGCAGAGAGGAAUUUGAGGCUCGGAAGGCUGACCUGAGAAGAAAACGGGAAAUUGACCGACAACGUGAAAGCAGGGAACGUUCAAAGGAACUAGACGGUGGUAGGGAAGUUAGCAGCAGUGGUGGUGUUUCUUCAAUGAAAUCGAAACCUAGGCCUGUGUCGCAUGUGGGGAGCGCAGAUUACGCCCACCAUCAACGAAUUGAGAGUGAAAGGGCCUCGAGUCGGGAGCGGUUCUCACGUGAAUCCGAGUCAACUCGGCACGGGAAGAAGAGAGCGGAGCACCCGCCCCGCCACGACGAUGAUUACCAUGACCACCAUCACCGCCAUGAGCAGCAGCACCAUCACCGCCACCACAAGGACGAUGAUGACACUCGAACGGCAUCAGCCGUGGAGGCAGCACCCAAGGUUGGAGGAGCAGCAGCAGCAGCAGCAGCUGCAGCAGAGCGGAAGCUGAAGGGGAGCGUGUUUUCCCGUAUUAGCUUUCCCGAGGAAGGAGGCACUAAGAAGAGGAAGGUGUCGUCUUCUACGGAGGAGAGUAAGGAAGUUGUUGCAAACGGGUAUAAUGACUUGGAACCCUCUCCAUCGUCUCAUAACAGGCCAUCGUCUAAUGGGUACCGUGACGAGUGGAAGCCACCGGUGAAGGGUACAGCGGCGGUGUCAUCGAGUGCUGGGAGUACCGGAGCUGGAGUGGUUGGACGACGGAAGAGCAUGGUCGAUCACGACUCCAGCGAUGACGAGCGGCAUUUCAAAAGGAGACCUUCCCGGUAUGAACCACCACCGCCGCCUCCUGACGAAUGGGAAGAGGAAGCCCGGCCUUCUCGAAGCUCGAGGGAGCGAGAACGAGAACGAGAUCGAGAUCGCGGGAGAGACCAUGAACGCGAACGAGGGUACAGUAGCAAACACAGGUAGGGAGAAAGAAAGGCCAAGUUUUGGUGGUCCAUAGCCAUCUCUCUCGCGCUUUCUCUUCCACGGAUGCCCCCAAGGAGGUGGGGUCGGGGCUCUCGGAGAGG